GAUACUCCUGCUUGUCCCUCUUUGUCCGGUGGCGAUAGAAGGCCAUGAUUAUAUUAUGGCGAAAUUUGCGUUUUUUUAAUGAAUUAUAGCCGAAUGGUGGUUCAACAAGCAUACACCGUGUGAGGACCGGUUUGCUGGCAAUGACACACCAGAGAGUUUCAGUAUAAAGGACAGCAGAGCAAGCAACGGAGAAAGGGUACAGUUUGCUUCCAAAGACAGUCUGCAAGAUGGCUAGCUUUCCUUCAUUAGCAUGCUAACGUUAGCUGGCAGGCUAACGCUAGCAUGGUAAACAACUGAUUUUUCGAUGCAUGGUCGCUCACAUUUUCUCCUAGAUACGGUGGCAAACGGAACUAACCGCACAUUUCCCCAAAUUGAAUGUAGACAGUCGGCGUUGACUGUGUGGUUACUCAGUGAAAUCACAACGCUGGUAGCGAGCUGCGUUCGGUAACGUGGCUAACUAAUUAGCCGCGUUAGCUUGCUUGAGAUUAGCUUCACAUCUGUAAGUAAUCAUCUGGGAGAGGCAGGGAGCGGGGUGUUCUGUUCUGCAUGUACUGGCGAUUUAGUUAGGUAGCAAACAACCAGUUCAGCCGACCAAGGAGAAGCUGUUGCAUUUAAGCAGACGUUGAUUUGGAGUCCAAAUCCCGGCGUGACAGACACCGUGGCCAAAGAUUUGCAGCCGGGAAAGGAGAGUUUGCAGACCUGGGCCGGUGGUUAAUUACCUGUUGCUAUGGUGAUAAGUGUUCCACAUUACUGACCCAAAGCCACGUCCCACCUACUCCUCCUAGCCUCAGAGACGUCUUUGGUAUUUUUUAAACUUUUUUUUUUCUUGCUUAUGAAUGGUGAUAUGCCACUUCACCGACAGUCAUAUUAGCUAAUGGCAGCCGAAUCGGGGAGACUACUGGCGGGACAAUGUCAAGGAAAACGAAGCAAAGCUUCACAGAUGAAGAGCCCAGAGAAGAAGAAGGCGAGAAAAUCCACCACUCAGGCGGCUGGGUUUUCUCACCUCACCGAGUUUGCGCCACCUCCAACUCCUAUGGUGGACCACCUUGUUGCCUCCAACCCCUUUGAUGAUGACUUUGGGCCACCAUCUCGACCUAGUGGAGCAGGUGGACCAGGUGGUUCUCCGUUUCUACCUAGCCCUGGUGCUGGUGGAGGAGGGGGUUAUGGAGGGGGAGGCAGAAUGGGUGGAGGCAUGGGCUUCAUGGGAGGCCCAGGAGGGCCAGGUGGUGGCCAGCCUGGGCGGAGACCACCAUUUGGACCUCCAUCCAAUGCUGGGCCUCAUCAUCAGCUUGGGUUUGGAGGAAUGCCUGGCUUUGGAGGAGGAGGUGGUGGUGGUGGUGGUGGUGGAGGAGGUGGUGGAGGUUUUCCCCCUGGAGGCCCAUCACAGUUCAAUAUGCCACCGAACUUCAGUCCACCAAUGCACCCAGGGCCAGGAUUUAACCCCAUGUUGUCUCCAGGGGCCAUGGGUGGUCCAGGGGGAGCAGGUCCACCUCAUCCUCGAUUUGGUAUGCCUCCACAGCAACAGCACGGACAGAGUGGGCACCCAUUCAACAGCCCCCCAUUAUCUGCCAGUGGAGGUCCCAGGGGGCCCCCGCAUGGCGCCAUGAAUCCCAUGAGUGGAAUGGGUCCUGGAAUGAACAUGAUAGGUGGCAUGGGUGGUGGUCCUGGAGGCAAUAUGGUAGGAGGAUUACCAGGUAUACCCCCACAAGGACAGUUCCCUCCCCCACAGGAUGGCUCUUACCCUGGCCCCAGUCCUCCAACCAGGAAUGAGGAUGGAAAGAACUUUGGGGGUGCAGGGACACAGCCUGGGCCACAACAGCAGCAACAACUUUCGAUGAAUCCCAAUGGGCCCCCAACUAAUAACACUACUCCUGGGCCUCCUCCCAACUCUGGCCCACCACAGCCUGGGGGAGGCUUUCCUGGUCACCCUGACAUCCAGCAGCCCAAUGCCAACACACCUGGUCAGCCUCCUUCAGCACAACCCCAGCCGAACCCCAACGCUUCACCAACUGGACCCCUGAAUGGAUCAGGCCAACCGCAGCAUCCACCGAACCAGCUACAACCACCCAGCAGUACCAGUGCACCCAGCUCUAACAAUUCAACGCAGCAGCAACAAUCUACUCCGCCUCAUUCUGUCCCUGGUUCCACCCCUUACAACCAGCAGAACAACACUCCAUCCAGUGUUGGUUCCGUGCCAAAUGCAGCCCCCAAUUCUGGUCAGAACAACAUGACCAACAACAAUGGUGGAAAUACACCUGGUAGCAACCCCAAUCCCCCAUCUAACUCCACAUCAACCCCAAACACCCAGUCUCCCCUUCCCACCGGCCCUGCUGCCCCCUCUGCAGGGCCUGGUUCUGGUCCUGGGAAGCUGGGCGGCCCUGGGAUGGUCUUUCCUUGCGGCCACUGUAUGGCAGAGGUGCAUGAUGACCAGGACGCCAUCCUGUGUGAAGCAUCGUGCCAACGCUGGUUCCACCGUGACUGCACAGGCUUGACUGAGCCAGCGUAUGGGCUGCUGACCCGAGAGAGUGCUGCUGUUUGGGCGUGUGACUUCUGCAUCAAAACCAAGGAGAUCCAGGCUGUUUAUAUACGCCAGGGUUUAGGCCAGCUGGUGGCAGCUAAUGAGAGUUGAGGAGCAGAUGACAAAAGAGCAGCGUGGAGGUGUCAUGCGUAAGGACAAACACAGACGGUAAUUGCUCUGAUCAAACUGAAUGACCAGUGAGUCAUAUCAGCUAUUGGCCCAAUUUCUCUUUCUGACCCCUUUACUUGUUCACUAUGGAGGAACGCUCAUUGACAUUCAUGCUGAUACAUAGCACUUUGAGUGACAAGGUUACACCCCCCGCCCCGUCUGACUCAAAAUGAUAAUGAAUGUUAAACUACACAGUCCUACAGACAUCUAGCCUGCCGACCAGCAAAGCACUGACUCCAACACACUACCUCACACACUUUGAGACUGACUGGCAGAGAAGCUCCCGCACUGACUGAAACGCCUCACUUGUACGCGACAUCAACUGAUGGGAUUACAAACACACACAUCAGGCAGGUGAUUGAAUGGCUGUAAACGAAAAAUAAUGUUUAAUAUUCCUUCUCAGCUGUUUUUACACUGAUCCAAAGUUUCAAAUUAAAAAAAGAAAAGUCCACAGCUAGAAAUUAAGCUGUGAUGAAACCUACUACAUUUUGAGAGGGGAAAAAAAAUAUUUAAAGAAUCCUUGAAAAGCUGUCUGUCUGGGUUUUAUCUAAAUAUCAAUUUGUGAAUUUUAUGCCAUGAAAAUGCUUCAUUCAAUUGCUGCUCUGUCACAUUUUAGCCUUUUUUCUUUCUGCUGGCAGAUGAAAGGAGAAAAGAAACUAGUACGUUGCAGUGUGAAAUCUCUGCUACAGUUGUCACAAGUCGCUUGCAUUCUUCAGUUCUCGUAUCUACACAGACACACACUUCUGAUUAUUGUGUUAUUUUAUACCCAGUGUUGAUUAAGUUAAAGGUGUGACACUUGGAGCAUGUCACCUCCAAAGUAGUUUGUAAAUAUUAGGACAGAGCUUUUUUGUCUGGGACGCCAUCCGUUGUGAACUCACCACCGCUUUGACCAGUGACCACGAUAAUGAGUUACACAUUGUGUCUUGGUCUUACUGGAUAUGAUAUUUUGGUUUUUAUACUGCACAGUGAGUAAACUUUCGUUUUAUAUCUGCAGUACACAUGUGAAAUCAGUGCUUUUGGGUGAUGUUGGCAUAGCGAGUAGUGACAUGUCAUAUCAGAUGUGCAGAGUUCUUUUUGUUUAAAAAAAAAAAAAAAAAAAAAGAAAACAAAAAAAGCAGGGUGGGGGUGCAUGUUAACCAAUGCAGUAAUUGACCUGUUUUAUAUUUUGACCUCUGCUCCGCAGAAGGUUUGGAAGUAAACCAAAUAACAAAAUACCCAGUUUUCACAUGUCUGUAACAAUAUGCGGUGUUCAUAACUCUUCCGUAUUUUCUUGACUCGAUGUCCAAGUUGCCUUUCUUUUUCUUUCACGGCUCUUUUGUUUUGUGCUGUUAUCUUGUUCUGCUCUGCCACCUCCUGGUGGAACCAGUGAAUCCCACACGGGGUGGAGAUGGGAAAGGUACUGAAAAAACGAAGUAAAAACAUUUUUUUU